GCUCAGCAGGCAACACCGAUCGCUUUGGGACUCUAAUUAACCACAGAGACAACUACAUAUCACCACUGACAGCCUUACAGCAAAACGCGCAACCGACGAGAGCUGAAGACACAAACUUCCAGAUCACAGACAUCAUGGGGCUGCUGCGUGUUGAAGAGCUGGUCACUGGGAAGAGAGGCGAGGGAAAGGUGUCAGGAGGUGCCUGUGCAGAGGUGUUUGGUGCAGGAGAAUAUGAAACCAGCAUCAUCCAGGAGAAACAGGAUGGACUUCAGACACAACAGGACCUGAAUGACACCACCCAGAAUGACAUCAAACCAUGUGAAGAGAACCUCAAACUCAAUGUUGACCAAUCAGGACAGCUAAAACUAGAAACUGUAGAAGACCUCUUCAAUAUUUUGCAGCUGAGGAAGAGGAGAAAGGAAAGGAAGAUUCAAAUGUCAAAGAAACAGCCAGAGCCUGAUAUCCUGCCUGAAACAGUGGACCAGGCUUUGUUCCUAAAGGCUGUCACAGAGAAUAAAAUGCCUGUUGUUGAGAAAUAUUUAGCAGAUGGUGGAGACCCCAAUGCCUGCGAUCACUUUAAGCGCUCAGCUCUGCAUAAAGCCAGUGCCCAAGGUCACAUAGAGAUCAUGCAGAAGCUCCUGGAGAGUGGAGCAUCCAUGGAUCAAAAAGACAAGCUGGAUGCCACAGCUGUGCACUGGGCAUGUAGAGGUGGAAGCCUGCCUGCCCUGGAGCUGCUUCUCAAUAAAGGAGCCAAAUUCAACUCCAGAGACAAGCUAUGCAGCACACCCCUCCAUGUUGCAGUUCGGACGGGACAUUACGAAUGUGCUGAGCAUCUUAUUCACUGUGGAGCUGAUGUAAAUGCGAAAGACAGGGAGGGAGACACCCCAAUGCACGACGCAGUGAGGAUAAACAGAUUUAAAAUGAUAAAACUGCUGAUGAUGUAUGGAGCCAGUCUAAAUGCCAAAAACAAUGAUGGAAAGACACCAAUGGAGACUCUGCUUUCAUGGCAAAAAGGUGUGAAAAACAUCCUGAAUAAUUUUAAUGAAGAAGAAGCACCAAAUCCAAAUGUACAACUUUUCAACAUCCAUCUCAAUGCUGAAGUGUUAUAAAAUGGUUUUUCUUUUUUUCUUUCUUUCUUUCAUAUUAAAUGUUAAAUUUAACAGUACUUUGCAAUAUUCAUAAUGAUGACGCUAAUUGCUGGCGAUAGAGUGUCUGAAAUAUUGAUGAGGUUAUUUGUAAAUAUUGUUUUCUUACUUGUCUCAUUUGAUUUUGAGAGCAAAGAAUCUUCGGUAAGUGGCGCAAGGCAUGAACAUUUGUGAGUGGUUGUAUGUUUGUUUGCUUGUUCAGGGUAAUUAUUUAAUAUUAUUUAAAUUUCAU